AUGAGAUGCACAACAUACUCUCCUUCAGCUCUAUCCAGAGCAGGAUUUCUGGCAAUGAUCUGGAACGGUCGCCUUGUCUUGGCCUGCGUCUUGCUGAUCGCAGGCUGCAGCGGGCAGGUCGAUGCGGCGAGGACGCGAGAGCAGAGGAAGGCGUUUGGAAGUCCGAACAUCGUGUUGCCACCAGGACCUGCGCAUGAAGUCGCCAGUGCGAAACCUGCGAGAGCACUAGGCGAGAAGACUUUCACGCUUCGGCAUGUCUACCACCACGGCACUCACAACUAUCCUAACCUGCAUCGAUACAUCGACAUACAGCCCGAAUCGAAGCUCCAGGUAUCGUACGACGAUGGGACGACCUACGAGGAAGCUGAAGUGGCGUUUAAGGCCAAGGCACAAUCACGAAUCGUCCAGCGUAUGGCACAUCGCAGUCAUUCGGAUAUCGAUGCCGUCCAGGUCCACUACUUCACUUAUGGUCAACCAGCCGAUGUCGAGUGGACCGAAGAUGAGAUUGCGGGACCAAAUAUCAGCGACAAGAUCACAGUCUUGACAUUUGCGAAGAUGGCUGCGAACGCCUACAUCUUCUCGCGCAAGGAUGGAGAGUGGCAGCCUGUAAAAGGUGGCUUCAACUAUACUGAUGACUUUGGAUGGGAACAAGAUGGUCUUCGUGGGCAUAUUUUCGCGGACGAGGCAAACUCAACGGUGGUGAUAGGUUUAAAGGGUACAUCACCCGCUAUUUUCGAUGGCGCCGACACCACCGGUAACGACAAGCUCAACGACAACCUCUUCGGCUCCUGCUGCUGCGCGCAAGGUGGACCGUUCACCUGGAAGAAAGUCUGUGACUGUGCCGGCAGCUCUGCGUAUACCUGCAACAACACCUGCCUAGUGAAAUCGUUGCGCGAAAAGGGUCACUACUACUGGGCAGUCAAGGAUCUGUAUCGUAAUGUGACAGAACGCUACCCCGACUCCGAGGUUUGGCUAUCGGGUCACUCCCUUGGCGGUGUAGUGAGCUCCCUACUUGGCCUGACUUAUGGCCUCCCGACCCUCACCUUCGAAGCCUUCCCAGACGCGAUGGCCGCAUCUCGGCUCGGACUACCAACACCUCCCGGCUACAAGAUUGGUUCACAUCAGGCACGGCCAAUGACAGGCAUCCAUCAUUUCGGCCACACUGCUGAUCCAAUCUACAUGGGAUCCUGCAAUGGUGGCACUUCUUUCUGCUCCAUCGGCGGCUACGCAUUUGAAGGCGUUUGCCACACUGGAGAGACUUGUACUUACGACACAGUCCGAGACUUGGGGUGGAGGGUGGGGAUUGGGACCCACAAGAUCGUGAGCGUUAUAAAGGAUGUUAUCAAAGUGUACGAUCAGCCGCCCAGCUGCGAGCAAGAUGUGGAAUGUGUUGAUUGUUACAACUGGAAAUACUUCGAGAACAACGGGACAGAGACAACCACGAGCAAAGCCAGCACUGCCACGUCUACCACGACACGGACACGGACAGAGACCUGCAAGACGCCCGGAUGGUGGGGCUGCCUCGAUGAAUCGACAACUUCAGCUCCUACAACGUCGACGAGCACUUCCUCGUCUACAUCUUCUACAAGAACUUGUGAGACACCUGGAUGGUUUGGCUGCAAGGAUGAAACAACGACCACAUCUUCAUCGAGCAGUAUCAGCUCCCCAAGCGCCACUCCUGCUCCUACUAUCACCACAACUUCAUCACUGCCUACCUCCACGUCGACAAGUACCUGCAAGACGCCUGGUUGGUUCGGCUGCUACGAUGAGUCGACAACGACAUCCGCAACGCCAAAGCCAUCCUCGACGGCUCGUACAGUGACGAAGACGAAGACGACCACCAGCGAUGACGACGAUUGUACAUCUAGGGAAUGGUUUGGCCUAAUCUGUGUCGAUCCUUCGCCUACGACAGCCUCUGGGUCGAGCCCUUCUUCCACGAAUUUGCCUACUACAAGGCGGAAAAUGUGUACAAAGAGGCACUGGUAUGGCACUUGCAAGCAGUGGCGCUUUGACGACUUUGAUCCUAAGAAUGAUCUUUGA